AUGACGACCGAGGCCACCGUCCGCAGUUUCUUCUCGUCCCCGCAGUUCGCCGUGGUCGGCGCCAGCUCCAACCCCGCCAAGUUUGGGCACAAGGUUCUCGCAUGGUACACAUACCACGACCUCCCCGUCACCCCCGUCAACCCGUCGACCCCCACAAUCUCCGCGGCCGGGACCACCCACACCACCGUCCCGUCCCUCUCGGCGCUCAAGGAUCCCAAAUCCACCUCCGUGUCCAUCAUCACCCCGCCGCCAGUGACCCUCGAGGUCCUCAAGGAGGCGCAGAAGCUGGGCGUCCCGGCCGUCUGGCUGCAGCCGGGGACGUGGGAUGACGCCGUGCUGGCGUUUGCCCGUGGGAAAGAGGGCGCGGGCGGUGGCGGAGAAGAGGGAGUGAGAUAUCAGGGCCAGGUUGUUGCUGGUGACGAUGCUGGUAGUAGGGGACAUGGGGGCUGGUGCGUGCUUGUUGAUGGCGAGGCUGGGCUCAAGGCUGUGGGGAAGCUGUGA